AUGGCAGAUCAAGAAGAGAAGCCGUCGGCCGCGCUGGCUGCGGCUGAGCGAAUCCGGCAGGCCACGUUGAAAGCCGCCAGCAAGGGAAUGUCUCGCGCGCAGGCAGAGAGGGCUGCAGCGGCUGCUGCUCGCAACGUGAACGCGUACGGGCAGAAGGAGGAAGGGCCGAGCCGUUGGCAGGAGCGCAAGGAGGCGAAGCAACGCAUGUACAUGGAAAGUACGGAGCAGGCGGCGAAGCUGGGCACGCGUGUGGACAUGCGAUCCGGCGCGGCGGGCGCGAAUCAGCAGUGCCAGAAGUGCUUCAAGCUGGGCCACUGGACGUACGAGUGCAAGAACGAGCGCGUGUACAUCGCGCGCCCCUCGCGCUCUCAGCUGCUGCGCAGCGCCAAGCUUCGCGACAGGUCCGCCCUGGCGGCGGGAGGGCUUGGCGGCGCCGAGGAUGUGGGGUUCGGGGCUGAGCGGAGCUUCUUAAUGGAUCGGCGGUUCGAGGAGCAAGCGGCGAUCGACCGCGCGAAGCAGAAGGAGAUCGAGAAGCAGCAGAAGGAGGAGGAGAGGAAGAGGAGGGCUCUAGAGAAGAAGCGGAAAGAAGAGGAACGGAAAAUUAAGCGGGAGGAGCAGAGGAGGAAGGAAAAGGAGAGGCGGAGGAGGAAAGAGAAAGAGAGGACGAGAAGGAAAGAGAAGGAGAAGAUGAGGAGGAAAAAGCGCGGAAAGAGAAAGUAUAGCGAGAGCGAGAGCGACAGUGAGGAGAGCGAUUCGGACGAGAGUGACGAGAGCGACACGGAGAGUGAUAGCGAGAGUGCGAGCGGGAGUGAGAGCGAGACUGCGUCAAGUGAGUCGGAGAGCGAUUCGGAGAGCGAUUCGGAGAGCGAAUCGGAGAGCGAUUCGGAGAGUGAGAGUGAUCGGCGGAGGAGGAAACGGCGUUCCCGCGGCGGUAAGAGGUCGCGCGACAGAAGGUCGGGAAGGAAUGGCGGGUCCCGCAAGAAACGACGCAGAGGCGGUGACGACGAGAGCGAGGAAGCAGCGACGACGGUGAACGGUAGGGACAAGAAGGAGGCAGGUGCGGACGAGGACGAGAGGCGCAGAGAGAAGCUAGCAGCGGAUGAGCAUGAACGUGGCGGGGUGGAGGGCGCGGGGAGAGAGAAGGGCGAGGCAAGGGCGCUAAGAGUAGGGGAAAGGGGGGAGAAGGAGAGAAGCGAAGAGGUGAGCGACGAGGAGGGGGACGAGGGCGUGGCGGUGGGGGGCGAGGAGCGCAAGGCCAGGGGCGAGGCUGACCGUGGCACAGGUGCGCGGGGGGAUGAGGAGCACGGUCGUGGGGACUGGGAGAAGGAGACGCAGGAGGGCGGUGCGAGGGGUGACGCAGAGAGGGGCGGCAGGCUGCGAGGAUGGAGUGAGAAUGGCGAUGGGGAGGGUGCGCGGGUGAGGCGCGCAAGGCAGCAGCAGGACGCGGACGAGCAGCACCCCAGCGCCACGGAGGGCGGGCAGCGGCGCGAUGCCAUGGCGGAGCACGACGAACGAGAGGAGGGGGGGGGGGCGGCGAGGAGGGGAGCACACGGUGGUGGGCAGGACAGUGCAGGGGGGCGUGGUGGCAAGGGGCGUGAUGAGAGGAACGAAGAGGACGGUGCAAGGAGGACCAAGGAUAGGGCUCGCAGGGCAAGCCAAGCUGACAGGGCGUGGUGGGCAUAG